CGUGCCCGCCCCGCGCCCGCCUUCGCCGCCGUGGACGGGCAGGAGAAGUUCGAGACGCGGGUGACGGCGCUGGACGGCGGGCUGCACGUGGCCUCGCAGAACAAGUUCGGGCAGUUCUGCACCGUCGGGGGUACGUGGCGGUGUAACGGACGCGUUACAUGCAUGGCGCGGCUGGCUGGGCGUCCGCGCCGCGUGACGACCGUGGGAUAGUGUCGGGGGGACAUCUCUAAUUAACUACCGCAAGUUAAUUAUGCUUCAUGGAGCUGUUUGAGGUGCUGAUUUGUGUGUCCGGACAAGACUGGAGCGGGUCGGUGCCAGGACACGUCGCUUGUCAGUCAAAUCUGUAGCGAUCUAGCGGAUUCUUAUAAAUUCCGGAUCGAGACAUGAAACCAAGUACCCCAGUGGCAUUUCACACUUCUUGGAAAAGCUGGCUUUCUCUUCAACAGCCCAGUUUGGCAGCAAAGAUGAAAUACUCCUCACCUUGGAAAAGCAUGGAGGCAUUUGUGACUGUCAGGCAUCGAGAUGAAGAAAUCGAGAUGACUCGAAUGGCCGUUCGGUUUGAGCUGGAAGAUAUGAAUAUGAGACCUGAUCCAGAGCCUCUGCUCACGGAGAUGAUUCAUGCAGCUGCAUACAGGGAUAAUACUGUGGGACUCGACAGAUUCUGCCCUGUGGAAAACAUUGAGAAAAUGGAUCGGAACAUCCUCCACUCUUACCUGAAGAACUACUAUACGCCUGACAGAAUGGUGCUGGCAGGGGUCGGGAUCGAGCAUGAGCAGUUGGUGGAGUGCGCCAGAAAGUACCUGGUGGGAGUAAAUCCAGUUUGGGGCAGUGCCAAAUCCAAGGACAUCGACAGAUCGGUUGCACAGUACACGGGAGGAAUCAUCAAGGUUGAAAAAGACAUGUCAAAUGUGAGCCUGGGCCCUACUCCAAUCCCUGAGCUGACCCACAUCAUGAUUGGGCUGGAAAGUUGCUCAUUUUUGGAGGAUGACUUCAUUCCCUUUGCUGUGUUAAACAUGAUGAUGGGAGGAGGUGGCUCCUUUUCUGCUGGAGGGCCUGGCAAAGGCAUGUUCACACGUCUGUAUCUCAACGUACUCAACAGGCACCACUGGAUGUAUAAUGCAACCUCCUACCAUCACAGUUACGAGGAUACAGGCCUUCUAUGCAUUCAUGCCAGUGCAGAUCCUAAACAGGUCCGAGAAAUGGUUGAAAUCCUUACGAAGGAGUUCGUUUUAAUGUCAGGAACAGUGGGAGAGGUAGAACUUGAGCGAGCAAAGACCCAGCUGAAAUCCAUGCUGAUGAUGAACCUGGAGUCACGGCCGGUUAUCUUUGAGGAUGUAGGAAGGCAAGUGCUGGCUACAAGCACAAGAAAGCUACCUCACGAGCUCUGUGAUCUCAUCGAUAACGUGAAAGCUGGUGACAUCAAGAGGGUGGUCACGAAAAUGCUUCGAAACAAACCGGCAGUGGCUGCGCUGGGAGACUUGACGGAAUUGCCCACAUAUGAGCACAUUCAAGCAGCACUUUCCAGUAAGGACGGGCAACUCCCACGGGUGUAUCGCUUCUUCCGGUAAAGCAGCAAUCCCCAUGUGCCGUCCAGAACGAAAUACGACUUGCCAGUAUCUGAACACAACGUUGACUGGAUUAUAACAUCACUGCAAAAAACAAUGAUUUCUGUUCAUCCUGUGCCGUACAGGAUUUCUUUAUAGCUGAACUAGACUGCAUCGUAUCUUCUGAUUGGGAGGCACCCGUGAUGGUGAGGGUGGACAGGCCUAUCCUGAUGUUUUGGCCAGCAGAACAAAUAACUGCAGAAGGUAGGACAUGCUGGACUUUCCCUUGGCACCAUAAAUUGAAUGUGGCAGCGGAGUGAGCAGUAACCACCAACCUGAAACUGCUGCAAGGAGCAGAGAAAGCAUUCAGAGAACUGUUUCCUCAUCCAACUUGAACACUGAUGGUUAUAACUGCAAAUCUUUGGCUGUCCUUGGUAAAGAAUUAGAUUUUGGUAGUUACAUUUCAUGGUUGGGUUGGCUCUAGUCACACCUGUUUUCCCAUUCAAAGUCUGUGUCACUGGGAGAUGAAAGGGCUGUUCUAAGUACUAUUCAUCUAACGUUUCCUGGUCCAGAAGAUACAGCUAUAACGAAGCUGAACAGCUGAUUCUAGAAAAAUCUGUCCCUGUAACAAUCUGCUGAGUUCCCCCUUCCAUUGUAGAUAUCAGCUGCUGUUGUAAAAGCCUUGCCAUAUUGGUGAUCAUUUCUGCAGUCUCGUUUGAGUAGGUAGCAUCAGGAGUACCUUGUUUCACUGUAGCACUCCAUCUCCCCUUAUGCUGGUCAUACCAAACUUUUUCACAAAGGGUGAAGUCUUGCAGAUGCUUCAUAUACAAUUAUGUUGGUCUUGCAGCAUAACUCAUAGGUUCUUGAGCCACGUCUGCAUAAGGAGAACUUUCCCAAUCACUGUUUUUGAAUAAUCCCAUACAUGGGCACACUUAUCCUGGAAUAAGUGUUCUUGUUUAUCUUAUUUUAUUUUAAAAGCAGAUUAUAGGAACAGGAAUAAAACAUUUGUAUUCCAGGAUUAGCCUGUCCACACAGAAAGUCAUUCAGAAACAGCCAUGUAUGUCUGACACACAGAUUAACUGUUAAGGGUAGACAGGCUUUUACCAACUGAGAACUGGCUUCCACUAAACUAUUUGCUCCCACAGGAAAAAUUAAGAUGAAUUAAAAUAAAGGUUAGUAAAGAAGUGA